AUGAGAUUUCAAUCUAAAUCUUAAAAGUAAAAUUCUGAGGAUAAAUAAACUUUUAAACAAAAUGAAUUUUCUGAUUUAGAUUCUGAUUUUAAAGAAAAUCGUAAAGUGAAGAGUACUAAACCUAAAAAAAUAAAGAAAUAAUAACCUAAAAGCAAAUCAGGUAAUUGGGGUUCAGGAAGACCAUCUAAAAAUAAAAAAACUAUUGCUGAUAAUCAAUAGAAUUAAUAAUUAACUGAAGAAGCUCUAUAGAAUUUAUGGUUUGGUAGGGAUAUAUCAAUGAAAAUAAUUAUCUAUUUAUGUAAAAUGGGCAAUAUGAUAUUUAAAGUUGUUACCGGUAUACCUGCAUCAAAAAUUAAAAAAGGUUUUAUGAAAGUUGACUCAUAUACACAUUAAGAUAAGAAAAAAUAUUCAAAUUAAUUAAAGAAAGAUCUCAAAGUAAUCAAUUUUGAUUAUUAUAGAAUAAAUACUCUUAAAUUCUUUAAUAUCUAGAUUAUCCUAUUGAAACUACUUAUUUGUUUUUAGGAUAGAAUAACAACUAUAAUAAUAAAUUAUAUUUGAAUAAUAUACCUGAGGAAACUAAAAAUGGCUUAGAAAUAGUCAUGAAAUACUUGUCUCCAAAAUUUAUCGAUACAUAUAAACUUAUUGUAAAAGAAUUCUUUUAAAAUUAAAAAGAUGUUUAUCAAAAUACAUUUAUUGACAAUAUUGUUUAAUAAUUAAUUGAGAACUAUUAAGAUCAUAAAAUGAUUUUCGACAGACAAUUAAUUUUUGAAUUAACAAAAGAUGAUUGCAUUCUGAUAAAUGAAAUUGUAAAAAAAUCAAUUUAUUAUUUCUAAGGAAUCAGAUCCUCUUUAAGCUUAAAUUCAUUUGUAUCAAAAUUCAAGCCUAAGAAAUUUAAAUUUUUUUUCCAACACAUUUAAUGACGAAGUAGAUGAAAUUAAAAAAAAUUCAAACUGGAUUCGAUAAUUUAUUCAAGGAUUUAUUGAAAUAUUGCAAAUUUGCUGUUCAAAAGCUCUAUCUGAAUGAAAAAUUUCAAUUAAUUAUUUU